AUGAUUAAACUAUUUAUUCGAAUAUUUCUAUUUCCCCUUUUAAUUUUAUUUUUUGAAUUUAUCAAAGUUGAAGCACUUGCUUCAGUCUUAAUAUCAUCCCCCUUUGACAAUUUUCGUAUAGAAUGUCCACAAACUUCGGGUGCCCAAAGAUUGGCAAUAAGAAUGGUGGAGUCACAAGGGCAGAAGAGACAAGAUACCGUUUUUGUUUUGAGUUGUCAACAAAUUGGGGAGUUAUAUCCAUGGCUAGAAAUACCAGAAGAAUUAGCCGAUCAAGAACAUGAAGAAUGCCACUAUACACAACAAUUUGAUAUUUUGCUGGACAAACAAAUGAAUUGGACGUGUUCAGAGAGGGAAUACCUUGCUGGAAUAGCACGCUUGUCUGAUACAAGAAUACAAUUAGAAUGCUGCAAAUUGCGGACUAGAAACGAGGGAAAUUGUGUUGAGUAUGACUAUGAAAAACCCGCAGGGAGUGGGGCACGUGUUGAGAUUGAAUACCAAGGAAAAUUAAUUAAUGCUUUGGCCGUCUAUGGAGAUUUAAUUCGUGUACGUUUCUGUGAUUUGUCGCCUAGACCUAUUGGUAGGGGAUUUUCCAAAAAUUCGGAAAAAAAAUUAAAAAAUAAAUUAGAUGAUAUAAUGGCUGAAACAACAAGAACAACCCCAACAACCCCCACAAUAGCCAUUGCUCACGCGGUGACUAGCAAUGGAAAUUUUGGAUUUUCUUUAAAACCGCCAACCAAUUCUGUUGGGUUUAGCCAAAGAAUUGAAGUUCCUUCUCUUCUUAAUGAUCCUCGAACAAUUGCUAAGCAGCGUGCAACAGCAACAAUAGCUCUUCAAAAUCAGCUUAGUAAUAGUCCGAAUGUUCCACCCCCGAUAAAUGAAGAACUGCCUCCAGCAAACUUAGCCGAUGGAGUGGAUGAAGCAUUCUCAAUAGACGGGGCUCAACAACAUACCGAGAGGGAAAAAUUUAAUCAAGAAAUAAAACAAAAUAUGGAAAGCAGAAACAAUGCCCAAGUUGUAGAGCAACAUGUUGAAGCUGUUCAACAACAAGUUCAAAGUGUACAUCCUCAAAAUAGUGAGCCCAUUCAAAGUCAAGUUCAUCCAGAUACUCAGGAAGCUAAAAUAAAUAAUGAAGAAAAAGAACGGCAUCAAAUUCAAGCAGUUCAGGAACAAAGUCAUACUCCUGAGGCUGUUCAACAAAGGACAGAAAUAAAGGUUCAGGAUAAAAAUAUAAGAGAUAAGGAUAUAGAACAACAAACGACGUUAAAGCCUGUAAUAACCGUUGAAUCAAUGUUAGAAAUGUCACCUAUAAACGUUAAAAAAUCAACAAAACCAGAACAACCGUCAAUAACUCCUGAAGGACAAGAACAACAAAAUACGGAAAGAAACAAAAAUGCAGAAAGUGCUUCACCAAGAAUUAAAGUAUACGGACACAAUCCAUUUAAAACAAUUCAAUUUGGUCGUAUCCUACAAGCAGUUGGCGAACGCAAAAAGGAAUUGGCAGUGAAAAUUUUGAGGCAUCAUAAAAACCCACCAGAUCAUGUUCAAAGUUUGGAAUAUGGAAGAGAACAAAAACAUGAUGACAAAAGAUUAGAGGAAAGACAGAAACAAGAGCAACAAAAACUAGUAGAAAAACAACAAACACACAACGAACAAUCACAACAAGGAAAAAUACAAAAUGAAAAACAAGUGAUAGAGCAAGAAAAACAACGUAACGAACAACAAACAUUAUUAGAACAAUCAAAACAUGCAAUAGAAGAACAAUAUGAAAAACAACAAACACAACAAGAAAAUCAACAAAACAACAAUCAACAAACAAAAGAAGAACCUAAACAACAACACUCUCAACAACAAGAGGAACAAAAACAUGAAGCAAAACAAGAGGAAAAACAUAAGGAAAAACAUGAGGAAAAACAUGAGGAAAAACAAGAUGAAAAACAACAUCAAGAAACACAACAAAUUAAAGAAGCGGAACAAAACAAAAAAGAAAAACAAACACCACAACACUUGGAAAACUCAAUAUCAAAAGCUUUAGCUGCAAAAAAACAAAUAUACGAACCAAUAAAAUCUAAUUUAUUGUUAAGGCGUAAGGGAAUGCGUGAACAUACUUUUACGUUAACCCCGCCACGACCUGUUGAUGUUUCUGCAGGAAUUAAUAAUGGAGUUGAAGAUAGAGAAAGGGCUGAACUGACAAUUCAACGAAGAGUUGACGCUAUUAGAGCGGUGGAAAAGCGGCUUCAAGUAAAAACUAUUCAGAUUCCUAAAGAGGAAGGUGUGGAAAUGGAAAGAAGUUCACAUGCAGAUGCAGUUGACUCAAACAACACAACUGAAAAUAUCAUCGCAGCCAAGCAAAGCGAUUGGGAGAAUAAUUUUGAAACAACGGAUCAAAUUACCCCGAAAAUUUCAAACGGUGAUUCAGGGGAUGGGGAAGCUAUGCAUCGAAUAUUAUUUGGAGAACCUGUCCAAAUUACACCAAAAAAUGUUUCGAGUAAAUUCAAAGAAGCAAAUGUUUCUCAAGCUUUGGAACAAGUAAAAACUCUGGCACAAGAUUCAAAUAAAAUUGAGAAUAAGCAACCAAAAACAGAAACAAUUAGUUUAUCCAGCUUCCCAAAUGUAUUAGAAACAACCCAAUCUCCUGCUGCAAUAUGGUGGGAGCCAAUGGUUGUUAAUACUGAACAAAAACAACAAAAUCAAAAAGCUUUUUUACCAACAGAGAAUAGACCGAAUAACAACAGAAAACAAGUUAAUGAUCAACUCGACUUUGCUACAGUUACAGCAUCUGCUUCUUUGGAUAAUGAAGCAAACGAAACAACCCCGCUACCAUUCACUAUACCAGCAGACGGACCUGUAGCACAAGAAGUUAGAGAAAAUGCAUUGUUAGCACAAAAACGAGUUGAAGCUUUACCGAGAAAUAAAUUGAGAAUUUUCUCAAUAAAUUAUGGCAAUCCGGGAUGGAGGAAAUUAAUUUCUGAAAUUUCUAAUGAAGGAAAAAUAGAAGAUUCUGAUAAUGAAAAUAAUGUUGCUAAUACAACGUUAGCAGAAAAUUUGAAUGAAACGAACACCUCAACAAGCGAAAUUAAUGAGCACAAUUCUGAAGCAAACUUAACUAAAGAGAAUACAACUAACGAAGUUUUAUCGCUCCGAAAAUCAUUGCCAAUAUAUACAUUAGAAUGGGAGAAAGAUAAUAAACAACAUCAACAAAAUAAAAAUUUUCAGUCUGCAUUAUCAGAUAACAAAACAGUUUCACCAGCACAACAAUCAGUCGAAACAUUGUUUCCAACACAGUUAGAAAGUGGGAAUAUUGAUAAUUUGAGUUUAAAUGAGAGUAAAUCUGGUGAAAACACGAGAUCUAAUAGCAGCAAGUCUAAUAGCAAAGAUAGAAACAAGAAGCUUCCACCACCUCCAACAAGCGAAGAGUUUGCUGAUGUAAUGUUAAGAGAAAUAGACGAUCAGGAAAAAGUCCCAUUUUCAUUCACUCCACAUAAUGCAACAAAUACAACAACAAUUCCCCAAUUAAACUUUCCCCGACAAUUUGAUGAUGCAAAAACAUUAAGACGUAAGGAACAUCAUAAAGCACAUACUGAGGAAAAUAAUGAUGGAAAUUUUGCUGAUUAUUUUGUAGAUGAAUUAAAUUCAGAAAAUAAUACCCAUGCUUUUCUUUCACGUCGAUCAACAACAGUAGGAACUGAAAACCAAAUUUUAGUAGAUGGAGUAAAAAUUUUCAAAAAUGAAACAACUGGAGAAAUUAACGAAAAACAAGUCGAAAAGAAGAAGCGUAAAUCGAGAAAAAAGAAAAAAUUACUUGAAGGAAUUGAAGAAAAUAAUAGACUUAUUCCUCCUACAACAUCAUUAGCAACAUCUGAAAAACUUCCCCCGUUGGAUGGCUUUCCAUCUCCUCCACCUUUAGAUUCUAGAGGGAAACUUGCAGUUUUAGCAGCAGCUUCGUCUAAGCAAUUUGCACAGUUACCCCCUUCAUCUCCCCAAGCAUUAAUUAAACAACAACAACAAAAGAAGUUUCAAAACAUUGACUACAAAAGAGAAUUAGAACAAAGAUUAGGAUCUGAACAUAAAACAGCGGAAACAUUAGCGAUAGAAUUAGCAAAAACAACAAAAUAUUCCUCAAACAAUCAAGAACAUCCAACAUUAAAUACUGCUGAAGAAAACAACACUAAAAAGAAUGUUUCUAAGAAACACAAAAACAGAAGAAAACAACAACAAGAGCAACAACAAGAAAACAAACAUGAAGAAAGGGAAGAGAAUGUAGAACAAAAACAUGAGAGUCAACAACAACAUAAACAAUUAAAAGAAUAUAGAAGCCAACAAUUCGCAGCUUUAAUCGCGACAACUUCUCGUCCUAUGCGCAUGGGUGUUGAUUAUGAGGUUGCUGACGAUGAAGGGAAUGUUGAGCGAGAAAUAACCAAUUACCAUACUACCAUUACUCAAUUUCCAAAAACUAGAACAACAAGACUUCCUUUGUUUAAGCGCCGGCAAUUAGACAGAAUAGCUUUGGAGGUCUUUGGACCUUCAGCUUUUGAUCCAUCCAUUGAACAUCCUCAAAUUGAUGUAACUUUGCUUUCAAGACGUCCAUUAAAUCAACAAUUUCGCCAUAAACGACCUCCUGCACGUUUGGAAGGACCUGUGGAAACAUCAACAGGAAUGAUGGGAUUGCCUGACGAAGAGACUGAUAUUUCUCCUUUUGAUGCUGAACGUGCACAACUCUUGGAAAGGCUUAGGCAUAAUCAUAAAAAUAGGCAAGAAGAACAUAUAGAGACGUUUGACGAUACUGAAACAACUCAACAUGAAGCUGUUAACAAGCAUUACAACACUAGAAAGGAAGAAAACUUGAAUAGAAACACUAAAGAAAACCAGCACCAAAAUAAUUUUGAAAAUUCUUUUAAUCACGAAACAACAAUUUCUUUGCCCAAUUUUGAAAAUAGAAACCAAAAUUUUAUCCAAAAGAAUUUUGGAAAUCACGGACACUUUGAAAGAGUAGAAUCUCGUUUUGAGAAAGCUAGUCCUUUUGAUGAUCGUCACGAAGAAGAGCAUUUUGAAGACGAGGAUGAACCGCGCACUAUAGCUUCUAAAAAUGCUGAAAUUAGGAGAAAACCGAGCCUUACUUCUGUACCUUUUAUUCCACCAACUACAAAUUUUAAAGACGAAGAGAUUUCUCCAAUAAAUAAUGAAGCAGCCGUAAAGCGCUCAAUCGCUUCUCUUCAAGUUAAAAAAGAUGGAAGUCCUUUGUUUUCCCCUAAAGACAAUAAACCUAUGAUGAAAAUGCCUUCUGAAAAUAUUGAAAAAAUGAUACAAAUUGAUGAGAGAAAUGAUAUUAGUACAAGUGAAACACAAAGUUUGGAGGAUAUACUAGUUCCAAUGGGUAUGAUUUAUUUAAUGAUGGUAUUUCCGGAAAAUGUUUAA